AUGGGUCACCUUGUCACUCUUGCAACAUGCUCCCUUAACCAAUGGGCCCUUGAUUUUGAGGGCAAUUGUGAACGGAUUAUUGAGAGUAUUCGUCUGGCUAAGAGGGCUGGGGCUACUCUAAGAGUCGGUCCGGAACUCGAGAUCACCGGAUAUGGUGUUCUUGAUGGAUUCCUUGAGGGCGAUACGUUCCUGCAUUCGUGGGAAAUGUUGUCUCGUAUCAUCGAUCAUCCUGACUGCCAAGAUAUUGUGGUCGAUGUAGGUAUGCCUGUCCGGCAUAGAAACGUGCGAUACAAUUGCCGUGUCAUUUUCUAUAACCGUCAAAUCAUCUUGAUUCGCCCGAAAAUGUGGCUCGCCAAUGAUGGAAACUAUAGAGAGAUGCGUCAUUUCACUCCUUGGCAGCGCCCUCAGGAGAUUGAAGAUUAUUAUCUGGAACAGAUUGUCGGUAAAGUAACAGGGCAGUAUAAAGUUCCUUUCGGCGAUGCAGUCAUCAGUACUAGAGAUACUUGCCUGGGUCUUGAGACAUGUGAAGAGUUGUUCACCCCAAACGGGCCUCACAUUCCUUACGGUCUUGCUGGUGUGGAGAUCAUCUCAAAUUCAUCAGGCAGCCAUCACGAGUUGAGGAAGCUCGAUACCCGUAUCAACCUGAUCACACAGGCUACAAAACUGAGUGGAGGCAUUUAUCUAUACGCAAACCAGCAAGGCUGUGAUGGUGACAGACUAUAUUACGACGGCUGUGCCAUGAUCGUUGUCAAUGGCAACAUUGUAGCCCAGGGCUCACAGUUCUCCUUGAACGACGUAGAGGUCGUUACAGCUACCGUUGAUAUAGAAGAGGUUCGGACGUAUCGCUCUAGUGCUAGCCGCGGUAUGCAAGCUAGCAAACAACCACCAUUUGUUCGUCUUGACCUAGAUGUGAGACUUUCCCGCCAAAACGAAGAGGCUGAGCCUAGCCUUGCCCCAUCCGAGACACUCUCACCCCGGUACCAUGCACCUGAAGAAGAAGUCGCCCUUGGGCCCGCUUGUUGGCUUUGGGAUUACCUCCGCAGGAGCGGUGCUGCUGGGUUCUUCCUUCCGUUGAGUGGUGGUAUUGACAGCUGUGCUACUGCCAUCAUUGUGCACUCGAUGUGCAGGGAAGUUAUCAAAGCGGUUUCGGAAGGGAACGAGCAAGUGAUCAAAGACGUCCGCAGGCUGUGCGCUGAGCCAGAGGAUUCCACAUGGUUUCCUAGCACGAGCCAAGAAGUGUGCAAUCGCAUCUUCCAUACUAGCUACAUGGGUACCCAAAACUCCAGCAAGGAGACGAGGGACCGAUCAAAGCGGCUCGCCACUGACAUUGGAUCCUAUCAUGUCGACUUCAACUUCGAUACAGUUGUAACUGCCUUGACCAACUUGUUCACAAUGGUGACCAAUUUCCAGCCUAAGUUUAAGGUUCAUGGUGGCAGUCGUGCAGAGAACCAAGCACUACAGAACGUUCAAGCCCGCUUAAGAAUGGUGCUUUCAUACUUGUUUGCGUCUUUGCUUCCUACAGUCCGUCAGCGGCCAGGUGGAGGUGGACUGCUUGUUCUAGCGUCGUCAAAUGUAGACGAAUGGUAUAUACAACUUGACCCCCUAGACCCUCCAAGUACCCCGGCCCGUUUGCGUGGCUAUCUGACUAAAUAUGAUGCCAGUAGCGCGGAUUUAAACCCGAUCGGUUCGAUCAGUAAAGUCGACCUGAAGAAAUUCAUCGCCUGGUCUCGGGAUUCAUUUGAAUUGCCUAUUCUUCACGAAUUCCUGCAUGCCACUCCAACCGCCGAGCUGGAACCGAUAACGGCCACAUAUGUUCAAUCCGAUGAAGCAGAUAUGGGUGUAACCUACGCUGAGUUAUCUACCUUUGGAUAUCUGCGCAAAAUUGCGAAGCUUGGACCUUGGUCUAUGUACGAAAGAUUGCUCCACGUUUGGGGUAACGAAUACAGCCCUCGCGAGAUUUACGAGAAGACCCGCCACUUCUUCUACAACUACGCGAUUAAUCGUCACAAGAUGACUGUACUCACUCCUAGUUAUCAUGCCGAACAGUAUUCCCCUGAUGAUAACAGACAUGACCUUCGGCAGUUCUUAUACCCUUCAUUCACGUGGGCGUACAAGAAAAUGGAAGACAGCGUCAAGUACUGGGAAUCGAAGGGGUGGACGGCUGGAAAAGCUCAGAAGAAGAAUGUCAAGGCAGACUAG